CAACGCUCAUCCAAAGAAAUGGAAAAAAAAUCGCUAGAAACAUGUCGUGUGGCCGGUGACUGGGAACGGCGGCGCCGCUCCUGUUGUGGUUUGCUAGCGAUGGCUGGAGGCGGCACUCGCUCGGUGCCGGUGGCUGCCACAUGUGCUCCGGGCCGCCGCACCCCUUCUCACUUGUGUCUCCUUCUGCGUCUCAUCUAUCAGCUAGGGUUCCGCGGUGUGGUCAUCCGGGUGGCUGAGGAGAACGGCGGCGCAGCUUGCGCGUGGCCGUCUUCCGCAGGCUGGCUCCGCACUUCCUCUCGCUGUGCUAGCAGCAGAUGGGCCCAUCUGCCGAUUCAGAGGGCGGUGUACUGUUGGCCUGCGCCCUGCACGUCUCAGGAGGGCCACGGGUUCGCCACCAUGAAUUCGUCGGUUCAGAUUAGCAUUUCAGCUCAUCCAACCAAGCAGCCAUAUCCUCCGACUGCACCCACCAGAUGGUUGGAAUUGAACUAUGAAAGGACCAAGGCGAAAGUUUUUCAUGAAUUGGUGUUUAUCUAUUUAGUAGAUUCUGGAUAUCAGUUCCAUUACUCAGGGGCAAAUCUGAGGAUUUUCAUAGCACCGGAUAAAAUUAUCGCACCAUUGGAUAAGCUUCCAAGCAAAGAAUUUGACUAAGAGCAAAUAACCUUUAUCGGAACUGUAACCCACAAUCCAGCCACACCACCUACCUGCAAGCAAUUUCCGUCGUUACUGCAUCCAAAUCGUCAACCGUUUAUGUUUCUGUCCAAGGGAAAUCAGCCGCCGACGACCUAUCCAAUUUCAAGUCAACUCAAACUCACACUAUUUUCUACAUGAAUAAAAUCCCUCACAUAGAUGUCUUCUUCAUAGAACAAGACUUCAAAAAUAAUGAGAUUUAGUAUUCCUGACAUUGCGUGUUAGUUAUUUCUACCAUACAUUACUACUACCUCACUACAAUUUGCUGCAAUCUAA